UGAGACCUAAUUAAGUGAUAGUUUUGUUGUUGUUGUUGUUGAUUAUUGUGGUAUCAGUGAUGUCCAAACAAGUUGCCAAAGAGCUGGUCCGCGGCGGCGGCGCCGUCGGCGGUGACAAUCAUCGUCAGCAACCGCUAAACUCGCGUCAGUCCCGACAAUAUUUGUCGGCAAAACUGAUUUCAAUGAUCAGACAACACGAUACCGACGCCGAUGGCGGUCAACAUUUUUUUAGUCAUCAGGAGUUGAUUUAUUUCGAGUCACUCUUAAGAGAUGAGAUGCAAACAAAUCAAUGGCUACUGAAUGUCACCAAAAAGGUUACCGACAGCGGAGUCUUUGUUACCAAACAGCAAAUGGAUCUAUAUAAUGAACGUCAAAGUGAUGUCAUUGUGGAUCAAACAAAAGUGGAUGAACUGAACAAAGAGUUGGCGUUUCUUAACGAAAGAGUUCAGAUAUUGAAUUAUAUACACAAAGAUUUGACGGCCAGACGAUCACAGUUUGUCAAUACAACAACUGAUCCAAACGGAAACAAUGGACACGAUUUGACCGCCAAUUAUACUAAUCUGCGAAUUAAAUUAGUCGAAUGUCUUGAGUCAAUGAAAAACGAUUUGAACACUGAUUUGAUGGUCAAAGAUCCGAAAGAUAUUGCCGAACAAAUUGUUAAUGAAUUGAAUAGUAAUUUGAAGACCAUUGAGAAACCCGAUGAAUGGUUAGAUCAAUGGUUGGAUGAGUUGACCUUAAGUGAUGUCGACAAAAGCCAACUAUUGGAUGUAUUCAAUAGGGAAAAGUGUGGCAAACUUGAAGAACUUUGCAAUAGUUUGCGUCAACUAAACAAAGAGUGUCUUCGGAUUAAAGAAUUUUAUGUGAUUAAUGUCAAAGAAGAGAUGUCGUGGAGAACAGAUCUCAACGUUAUUUUGAAUCAAUUGCAAGAAUCGGCUAAUGAUAAACACUGUCUUACAGUGUCAUCGAUGAAGACGGUAACCGACGGAGUGGCGACUAAACGCAAACUAAUGAAUGAAUACAAUAAACUCGUCAAAGAUGUCGAAAGUCAAGAAAUGGAUGAAUUGAGUUGUCUUAUCGAUACUCUUAAGCAAAGAAUCGAUGUUUUAUCGAAAAUUGAAUUUUGAUUUUCUUUUUUUAGUAAUGUCUGCAAACAUUUUUUUAAACAAAAUUAAUUAAACUUUUUAUAAAUAGUAGU